AUGCUCUCCUGCCUGCAGCAGGGGACAAGCUCGCAGCCCAGCAAUAGCGAAGUGGUGUACCAUGACACCGCGAUGUAUGGCGUGGUGGGCAAAGCCGUAAUCCUGGAGUGUGGGUCCGCCUUACCUGACAUAUACAUAUGGGGCUUCACCAAACCUGGCACUGAAAAAAUCAAGGCGAUAGUGUACGACUUGGGCGAAGGUCCCAAGAUCCAGAAGCUGGCCCAGACGCUCGGGCAGUUGACGGUUAUCUCCAAAAGUGCUGAUAUAAGCAUCGACAAGCUUCCUGUGGCGGCUCAGGGCCUCUACACCUGCCAGGCUUUCUACGACUUAGAGAACACACCUGUAGUUCACUAUUACUAUGUGCAUCUCACAGUACGAGUACCAGUGACGAAGCCUUACCUCCUGGUGAGCGAUGUGUCUCCAGUGGAAGGAUCAACAAUAUGGCUUAGAUGUAAUCUGGACAACGGGACAGGCCCCAUCCAGUAUAUGUGGCAGCAUGAAAAUCAUCACGGAAACGUAUCGGCGUUCGCGCAGGGCAACAGCAGUGUCAUCAACGUGACCGAGGUGAACCGUAACCACACAGGCUGGUUCCGCUGUCUGGCCAGCAACGCAGUGAACAGUGAGCGCUCUGAUCGAAUAUGGCUGGAUAUUAUCUUUGGUCCGGACAUUCCCAGUAUCGACGUGACGCCGUACACGGCGACAGAGCGAGGUUACUCAGCUCUGGAACGAGAGACCGUCUCUCUGCAGUGUCAAGCUCAGUCCAACCCACCCAGUCAGUACGUGUGGUUCUACAACAACUCGCAGGUGUACAGCGGGCCUCGAUACACCAUCACCAAGGUUCGCCGCAUGCACACGGGCGACUACGCCUGCCUGGCACAGAACACCUACCUAAACACUCGUUCCAAGAAAACCAUCAGCUUAACCGUCUACUAUCCACCAGAUGGUUCCCCUUCUUGCUCCUUGGAGCCGGCAGCUAAUCACACCUCCCUGAGACUACGCUGCUCCUGGCCUGGCGGUUUCCCAUCCGCCACUGUUCAAUGGGCCGGACACUUGAAACGUGCAAGAAGAGAUGAGGCCGACAGUAGGCACAACGGCGAUAUUUUGUUGCCGUCCGGAUCUUUCUCUGGCAACAGCAGCUUGUUUACAUGCAAAGGCUCUCACCUAGCACUCAAAAAUCCACUGGAGUGCAGCACACGUGCAUAUCUACCCCCUUCAGAACCGGUGUGUUUAGCCUACGUGACCGUCAACAAGAUGUAUCUGAUGUUGUCUUGCUCCUGGGAGGGAGGGACACCGAAUGCUUUGGUGUGGUGGGAAGGCCCCGGCGACCUUGGCACAACGAGAGAAGAGAACUCGAACAUCCUGAUCAUUCGCUAUGGCACGGCCCGCAGUGGAAGACCUUACGUCUGCCAUGCAAAACACCCACUUCUGGUCCAAACACAGACCUGCAGGCUAACAUUAGAGGCCCCGGUGUUACUAACACAACGAAGGGUUGUAUCCGUGUAUGAAGGGGCCGAUGUGCAACUCUCUUGCAACCUGAGAGCAAACUACCUUCCAACCAAUCAAAUAACCUGGUUCAAUAAUCACGGUUUGGAUGUCAGGGACACCGCCAAGUACAUGCUACUACGAACGUCAGCAUGGGCUAACCUGACUGUGAGAAACACAGAUGAAACUCAGGAUAGUGGCGAGUACAGGUGCACCUCAAGCAACGCGGUUGGAGGAGCUGACCUUAACAUCACGCUAGUAGUUAUGAAGCAUCCCAUGCCUCCCAAUGCCACCCUGAUCAGGGUAACCUACAUUGGUCGCCAGCGGAACGAGGUGGAGUUAGAGUGGCAGAUGGAGGAUGACGCUCAACAAGGCUGGACCGGAUUCAUAGUGCAGCACCGAGCUGCAAACGGGAGGCCAGAGAAGAGAGCAAACAAUGACUCGAUGAGGGAAAGAGAGGAACGAAUGAGUCCCUCAGUUUGGCAGCAUAACAUCAUCCAGGAUCCUGAUGUCAGAAUUCACACUGUGGGCAGACUGACACCCAGCACAAACUACCAGUUCCGGAUUAUGCCUUUUAACCACCGAACCUUCGGGCACCCCUCUGCUGCGAAGAUGCCAGCCGAGCCACGCUCUAACAACCUCCCCGCUGUGAUCGGAGCAGCUGUAGGCGGGAUGCUCUUCGCGGCCAUCGCGACUGUGCUGCUGCUCGUGUACAUUUUCCGAAACCGCAACAACACCCCUCGACUUCAUGACAUGUUAUUUGGCCUACGUCACAGUCAGUCGAGGGAGAACAUUAACUUCCCAGAGGAUGAAGUGGCAAAUGGGCUGGAGGGGGAAAUUGAGGACUCAUCCUACCAAGGUCCAAGAAUACCCAGGGCAGCUUCACCCUUGGAAACUGCUGGUCCGGCACCUACCACGGAAGACAACGAACCCGUCAAUGUCACCAUCACCGUCCAGGCUACUGGCUCCUAA